GGCCAGCAGCGUGCGGAGAGCUACAGCCUGUUCAGAGAGAGCACAGGGUGGCCAGCCUGUGGCCUGGGAGACCCUGAGGCGACAUGCGAGGCCCUUCGACCCCCUGACCUGGGAGCAGGGGGUGUUUGCCAAAUUCCUGGACUAAAUCCCAGAAGCAGCUGGGGAAACUCCAGGCUACCUACACAUCCUGGCCCAGGCUGGGAACAGUGUCACCCCUCCCUACCCUGUGCCCCCUCCUCCCAGAACUGCAGCAUGGAGAGUAAGGAUGAGGUCAGCGACACGGACAGCGGCGUCAUCCUGCAGUCUGGCCCGGACAGCCCUGUGUCCCCGAUGAGGGAGCUGACCCACGCGGUGCGCAAGCAGCAGAGGGCGCUGGAGGCGCGGCUGGAGGCCUGCCUGGAGGAGCUGAGGCGGCUCUGCCUGCGGGAGGCGGAGCUGACAGGCACCCUGCCCGCGGAGUAUCCCCCCAAACCAGGGGAAAAGCCCCCCAGGGUCCGCCGCAGGAUCGGAGCGGCUUACAAACUGGACGAGUGGGCCCUGCACAGAGAGGACCCCCUGAGCAGCCUGGAGCGCCAGCUGGCCCUGCAGCUGCAGAUCACGGAGGCCGCCCGGCGGCUGUGCCUGGAGGAGAACCUGAGCCGGCAGGCGCGCCGGCAGCGGAAGCACGCGGCGCUGCAGGAGGAGAAGAAGCUGCAGGAGCUGCAGCGCUGCCUGGGGGAGCAGCGGCGCAGCAGCGAGACCCCGGCCGCCGUCGCGCUGCCCCUCGGCCGAGAGCUUAGUGUCUCCAAUGACAGCUCCCUGUCAGAUGGGCUACUCCUGGAGGAAGAGGAGUCCCAAGUGCCAAAACCUCCCCCAGAGUCCCCAGCCCCACCUUCCCGGCCUCUCCCACCCCAGAGCCUUGAGGGGCUGAAGCCAGCAGGACCUGAAACUGGGGGCCUGGAGAGGGCCCCAAUCCAGAACAGCCCCUGGAAGGAGACUAGCCUGGACCACCCCUACGAGAAGCCCAGGAAGUCUUCAGAGCCCAGCAGCGAAUCCAGCAGCCCAGCCACCACACCGCAGGAUGGGCCCAGUGCCUCCAGCUUCUGGCUGCUGGAACCCGCCUCCUACCACAUGGUUCCCAUCCGCAGUAUUCCCGGCCAGUGGCAGGGCCGUACUAGCGCCCCAGCCACCCCCGAGAUGCAGGGGAGGAGGGGCCAGUCACAGUCUCUGAGGGUGGAUUCCUUCCGCGCGGGGCCGGAGGGCCGAGGUCGCAGCGCCUUCCCCCGCCGCCGCCCCACUCACUACACGGUGGCAGUGCCGGACUCCUGCUUCCUCCCAGCCAAGCCCCCGCUGCCCCACCCUGCCUGCCACUCCUGCUCAGAAGACAGCGGCUCCGACGUCUCCAGCGUCUCCCACCCCACCUCGCCGGGCAGCAGCAGCCCCGACAUUUCCUUCCUGCGGCCCCUGUCCCCACCCGAGCCGCCUCCGCACCGCGGGGCCCGAGGCCCGGCCGGCGCCAGAGAGCCGGCCGCGCACUACCCCAAGCUGCUGCUGUCCCCCGGCUACUUCCCGGCAGGGCGCUACGUGGCGGUGGCCGAGAGCCGCCUGCCCCCGGGCGAGUGGGAGCUGUGUCGCGCGGCCCUGGGCCCGGCCCGCCCGGAGGACGGCGCCCCGCUGCGCUGCCAGCGGCCGGUGGCCUCCCACAGCCGCGUCGUGCGGACGCCCUCGCUGAAGGACAGCCCCGCCGGCAGGGGGCUCAGCAGGGCCGCCGUCUCCGAGGAGCUCAAGUGGUGGCACGAGCGCGCACGCCUCCGGAGCGCCCGUCCCCACUCGCUGGACCGCCAGGGGGCUUUCCGGGUCCGGAGCCUGCCCCCCGGGAGAGAGGGCUUCGGGCGAGCCCUGGGAUCCCGGACACAGGUGCCCACAGUGUGUGUGCUCCGGAGAUCACCUGAGGGAGCCCCUGUGCAAGUCUUUGUACCUGAGAACGGAGAGAUCAUUAGCCAGGUGUAACCAAGGCCCAGUGUGACUCUGUGUUCCGAAUGCCUUGGCCCCCGCCGCUGGAAAAGACUGUUCAUAGUGGGGCUGGGGCUGCGACCCUGACCCUUGAAUGCCCCUUUCAGCUCCCCCACCCCAUCGCAGGUCGAUGACCUGGAGCUGAGACCUUUUAUUAUAAUUUUUUUUAAUACAAGUUUUUUUGGAAGCCCUGACCUGAGGAUUUAUAUUUGU